GCUCGGGCGGCUGCAGGGCCUGGUCAGUGAGGUUAAGACGUGCGCACGAGGGUCUGCGAUCUUGGGUUUGAGGCCAUCGCCCGAGGGAUCCUACCUCCACCGAAUUGAGGCCAUCUUCGGUAUUACGGAUUGAGGCUAUCUCCGUCAUAGGCAAUAAAUGUUAAGUGGUUUGACUUUGGUGAAAGUCUAAAUUGGUUUGACCGGUGGUCAAAGAGUUCAUGAGAAACCCGUAACACCUAAAUCGUUUUGAAAAGAAAGAAAAUAAGUUGACUGUUGGUCAACCGUCUAAAGAACCGAAUAAUGAGUCAAGAAUCGACCCACGGUCAGUACGUUCCAGAGCCGGAGCACGUGAGCGUGCACACGGUGAACACCGAGGGUUCGAGUUUCACGCCUCCGGGUGACGGAGGGCAACCGCAGAAUCAACCUACGCCAGCGGGACAGCCACCAGCUGUACCACCGCCAGUCGUACCACCUCCAGUGUUGCCCCCGUUGGCGAUACCGUCGGUGGCCUACGAGCAGAUGUUCCCGGCCAUGAUGGCCCAUUAUAUGCAGCACAUGGCGCAGUUUAUGCCCAUGUUCCAGCCAUCGCCACCACCACAGCCGCAGCCGCGCAUCGUUACCUUCAAGAUGUUGAAGGAUAAUGGAGCGGAAGAGUUCCGAGGAGACAAUAUGGGGGAGCCCCAGAUUGCAUUGGAUUGGCUUGAGCAGAUGGACCGGGUACUCAAGAAUUUGAGAGUCCCAGAUGCUGAUCGCUCGGAGUUGGCGUCACAGAUGUUCCGGAAGGGAGCAUAUGAUUGGUGGAAGCGCAUUGACCAGGAUCCACACACGCCCAAGCC